AUGCGCGGAAUUCUUCCAGCCAUCCUUGGCCUUGUCGCCUUGAGUGGAGCCCAAGCGCGAGCUCUCCCUGGAAAUGGUCCAGCCCUUGAGCAGCGAGCUGCUGAACUCGACUACACGCACUUGAGUGACUACGCACUGGACGAUGUACGCAACAAUGGUUUCGCCCAACGUUCGCCAGCGACAGCCGGCGAUCUCCUCGGGGCCGGUGAUGAGUCCAAACGCAUGCUCGCCGUUCGCGUGGCAGCGCCUCCAGCAGCCCCCAGACCCGCUACACCCCCCAAGCCCAAUCCAAACAGCAGACCUCGACUUGGUCAAUCUGGCUCCGAGGACGCGCCAGAAGAAGCAUUCAUGGCCCUUGAGCGCAGUGCCGCCAAGGAUACUUCCGAUAUUGUUAGGGCCUUGCCCUGUCGAGAUGCUAAGCGUAGCCUCGAGUACACUAAGCUUGGAAAUACAUUGAGCGGGCGAAUGUCCGGGGAUGACAAGGAUGAAGUUGGCGAAUUUAUGCAAGUUGUUGCCGCCGAAAGGGGCUAUGUGUUGAACAAAAAAAUAAAAGUGAUCUGGAUGGGUGGUAUGGCUGGUCUUAAGCUCGGAUCUCGUGGUGCUGAAGGGAAGACCGGAGACGCCGAUAUCUCAAUCCCCGAUGGCCAAGACGCAGGAUUGGUAGACAUCUUCUGGGAGGCUACUCGACGCUUUGUCGAAAAAAACACCCAAAAGUUUGAAUGGAUUAAGGUUAAUGGGGAAUUGAAGCAGGAGCCAAUCAACAUCCAUUGGGAUGAGCUUGCGCAUCCGGAAGCCAAGAGCAACCUCGCACGUUACAGCCAAGAAGUUGCAGAUACAUCGAACUUCGUUACACACCUUUUCGGGGACUGGAGAAUGCAGCUGUAUAGCAAGAUGGCCCGCAUCGCUACUCAUAUAGCCCAAGGACACGGCUUCAAAGAAAAAGAUCAACAGGACGCCAAGGUGUUUUACCAGCAAGUCAGGCAGAUGCAACAGUACAAGGGCAGAGAUCUCUCACUCGCAGACUUCCAGCGGAUGGGUAGCUUGCUUGGACCUGCGCAUGGAGCAGAACAAGCAGCAGCAAACGUUAGGAUGGCCAUGAAGGCUGUAACUGGAGACGAUAUGCCUGGCAUUGACCAGGCACUCAAGGACCAGAUUAAAGCAAAAGGAUGCUAA